AUGGAACGUGUGGUGGAGAUGGCAAAUAACGGUGGUGAGCACGACAUAAACUGCUACGUCUGACAUUACAUAUUUUAUUGUUCAUAAAUACAUAACCAGCAUGUGUCAUUUUUUCUUUUGAUAUGCGGCUCUGUGAUUUUCCUGUGCUCGCGCUGGCCCAUAAUAAACAAUGCAACAUUUAUACUUUCAUCUUCUAUCUGCUUUGCCUCCGCAUGGGUAGACGUGCUGUGCUGCUUGCACUUGUGCCUUGAAUGGCAAAGCGUUUUAGCAACUAGCCUACGUCACCAGGCAAAUAAGGGGCUUCGGCUUUUGCUUUGACAGUGAAAGUGAUAAUAUCGGCUUUGCUUUGUAUGACAGCUGAACCCCAAUCGACAACAAAUAGCCUACAGGCCGUUCACAGUUAAAUUACAUUCAUGAUUGAACGUUUUGCCAGGGUUGUAAUCAUUAGCCGAUUCUGUUGCAAAUCGUUUCGCCCUGUUGCAAAACCGUUUACUCCAAACGGAAAACGCAAACGAGAGUUUCUAUUAGACAAAUUCAAGUAGGGUCCCUCCCGUUUUCUUUACGCUUCCUUCUUAAAAGGAAACGGUUUCCAAAAAUAAUACACCCCACGUAUGUUUCCCUAACGUUCACCAAUGUGAACCCCUUAUAUUCAGCCCUGUAGUUUAUCGUGCAGCUUCAUAUAAAACAUAUUGUUGAACUUCAUAGCCUAUGCAUCAUCAUUGGAAAGACUAGGCGGCCUACCUGUGGAGUUAUUUCCUUACCAUCUGUAUUGUCUAUCUAAUUUCUGAAGUAGCAAUUGAGGAGGAACAGUCAUUGAGGCUUGAACUAGUGUUACAGGAUAAGUGCACUAAGGCCCAGACCUCUUGGCAAAGGUCAUAUCUGAGGAUUCUAUACCAAUGGUCUACGACUUAGAUAUUGCCUCUCACUUUUUCCCUCCCCCUUCCUCUCCCCAGGUUUCUCCCUCGCUGGCCCCUCCACCACUCCCCGCAAGCGACAGGUGCGAUUCUCCGCCCGCCACGACAUCCUGUUGCUCCGUGAGGUCAUUGCUCAGAACCCGUUCUGUUCCAAGGAGUCGGGUCGUAUCUGGGCCCGCGUCGGGGAGAUCAUCACUGCAGCCCUGCAGGACGAGAGCUUUGAGGUGGACGCCCGGCGCUGCAGGGAGAGGACCAUGCUGCUGCUGGACUACUACAAGAAGCAGGACUUCCCCAGCCUACGCAGGUUGGUCAAGACUGGCCAGAAGUUGACAUAAGACAUACCAAGUUGACAUUAGACACACAUACACAGGAGUCUACAUAAGGCUUAAUAGGAGGAAUGUAUUAGAAGCUGAUACCCAACCUUGUGUGUGUGUGUGUCUGUCUGUGUCUGUUCAUGCUUAUGCACCUGUAUGUGUUCAGGUUUGGGACAGAGAGGCUGUAUGCCCAGAAAGAAGACCUACUCCACGAGGUGUUGGAGCUGGAGGCAGAGAAGGGUCUUCUGGCCAGUGGGGAGAGUAAGUACCAGGAUGAGGAACUCAGGAAACGAGCCCUGGAAGAGCUGGCUAGUCUACCAGAGCAGGACAAACCCAUCAUUAUCUCCACACAAACAGGACAUCCCAAAGGUAAGAAACCCAUCCAAGUCUGUUUAGAUCUGUGGGGGGAGAAAAUAUACUUUUAGAUCUGUGAUCAUAUCCAAAGGGAGGAAGGAAAUAGGACACACACCUGAAGAGAAUACUGUUAUUAUAGCCGUACUGUGUCCAAACUAGUGGUUCCCCUGCAAUUGCUUAGAAUGCCCUGCCCUUGCCCCGCUUAAAACAGUUGUCUCUGUGUGUGUCGAUACUCAAGAGACACACACAGUGACAUGUUUGCUCCUCUGCAAAAAUGUUUGAGUGACUACAGACCAAAGAAAUGAUAACCAAAAAACGUUGACCUUUUGAGACUUUAUCCUCCCCAUCUCAACCAUGUCCCUCUCUAUUCUCUCCCCUCCCUGCCCCCUUCAGUCCCCACGACCCCAGAGCCCGAUGAGGAGCAGGAGGACCUGGCAGAGCUCUCGCUAGUCUCGGCGGCGCCCAUGGCCAAGCAGCCUUGCCAAUGCUGCUGCCAGACCUACUCAGAGAUCCUAAGCUUCCUGGAGAAGCGCUCGGAGGCGGAACAACGACUGCGGGAGGAGGAGCUAUCGCUGAGGAGAGAGGAGCUAGAGAUCCAGAGGAGUAAGAUCACCCUGGAGAGAGAGAGGCUCGGGGGCGGAGAGGAAGGAGAGGGAGAGGAGGUUUGA